AUGCAUACCAUAUACGCGCGCAUCAACAACCUCUCUGCGCUGCUGUCGUCGUGCCUUAUGGUUCUGCUUGGUGCAGUAGCUGUAUCGUCCUUGCUUUUCACAGUAAACCCCACAGCAGAAGUCGUCGUCGCAUCGGUACAAGUUGUCCCUGGUAACGCUCGACGGUAUGCGAAAAAGCAUCAAGAGUUCGCCUUUGUUAACUUCAAUGUUACUGCGGAUUUGACGCCUUUGUUUAACUGGAAUACGAAGCAAUUGUUCAUGUAUGUCAGCGCUGAGUAUACCAACAAGCAGGGGGUGGCAAACGAAGUUGUCAUCUGGGAUCGCAUAGUGCGUCGCAAGGAGGACGCGCACAUCGCGAUUGCAGGCCGCAACAAGUACAUUUUUCGGGAGAUGAGCACGUCGUUCAGGAAUGUCCCGCCAGCAAAUUACACGCUGAAGUACAACAUUAUGCCGUACGUCGGUCUGUUGACCUACGGUGAGGCAGGACGGACACUGGAGCCCGUCGCCUUUCCUGAGCAGCACCAGCUAUCCUGA